AUGGUUAUCCAUCCGACCCUCCAUGUUGAAGGGACACUGACGCAACAGCAAGUGUGGCACAUAUCCGUCUGGUCCCAGCAGACAUCCCAAUCUAUUCACGGUGUCAGUGCAUUCCCCAAUGAUGAUGGAGCUUCUUCCACCUCCAGAUUGCUUGGAACCUCCACGUCUCUUACCAUUCCCCUCGAUGACGAGCGCCAUGCGCACAGCAGCUUGCCGAUCCGCGGGAAGACAGCUACCAAUGGCGAGGAUAACGCCCCCGUUGCCUCUGCCACAUAUCGCCGUAGGGAACCUCUCUGCCGUGACAGUCUGAAAAGACGAGAUGCGCUGCUGAAAGGCAAGGAAGGCAGCCGUCGUAGACAGCGCUGGGAAAAUGACCGCCUUAUCAAUAAUCCUUGGGCUCAACCUCCAUCUGCAAUCGAUUGGCAGGUCCAGCCUACCUACCAGCGCCGGACGGUUCCAUAUUACCUAGCUCCGCUGUGGGACUCUCACUUUGCGGCCAAGGAGGACUCCAAAAUUAGCGGCGGGACCCGCAAGAAUAAGCAGGGGCAUAAUUCAGAUUUCCGGUCCCGAAUUACCAAGGAAUUGCGGUUGAGAUUAAAACAUGCUCGGGCGGCCCGAGGAUUGUUGCGCGAUCUAGAGGAAGAGAUUCGACGAUUUGUCGGAAAGUAUCACGAAAAUCAGACUGUGGCGCAAGACGAGGUGUCGGAAGUUGUACUGCCACAUCUUACCCAUGAAGAAAGACGGAAGCUUCAACAGGACGUAGGGAAGGAGCAGCAGAAGCAGAAGCAGAAGGCGGUAGUGAAUUCCGAUUCGGAUGAUGGUGAAGUCGUAUUCGUGGGUAGAAAGGCGCAGAUGCAUAAUGUGCGUAGCUGCACGGAGCGGUCGGAAAAAUCCAGUAAUCCGGAAAUAGCCCGGGCCAAACAGAAAGAUUCCGAGAUGAUGGUCUUCGAAAGCCUUGAAGAGGAUCGAGCUGCCAGAUUUGGCCGUUGGCUUGUCCACGCUCUCGCUUCGUACUAUGGUCUCCGCACCUGGUCUGUUACAGUCGGCAAUCCCGCUCGUCGGGAAGUAUACGUUGGUAUUAACCAUCGUCCACCGCCUCUAAAGCAGCAUCAGGGCUCUCACUCUUCAAAGAUUCCUCAUAGGAACAUGUCCACAUUCACGGGGCAUCAUGCCACAAAGAUCAAACCAGUGGGCAUCCUCCCGCAGCCUUUGUGGGUAACUGUUGGUGCCUCUUGA